AGUCAUACAACGCGACUUGGUGUGUUUGGUCCAGGAGCUGUGAAAAUAUACAGGACCUAAGAUUCUGUUAACCAACAGGAGAAAAGAAAAUGAAUAUAGUAAUUCUUCUGUUUUCUUUGUGCAUCUUCGAGUGUAAUGGAGACAAUUUCUUUGGGAACACGGACACGAGAGAAAACUGGAUAGCGAGACUUUACAAGGACAAACUUCAGAAUUACAGCAAGGCCUCGAGACCUAUCCUUGAUCCAAGCCACAACACGACUGUCCACUUGGGAAUGGCUUUGAACAAAGUUAAUGUGGAUGACCAUGCCCAGACUUUAUCUAUCAACGCCUGGUCUAUCAUGUCAUGGCGUGACGAACAUCUCCGAUGGGAUCCGAAGGAAUAUAUGAACAUUGACCGAAUGCAUUUUGAUGAGCAGGAUAUAUGGGUGCCAGACAUCAAGGUGUUCAAUACAGACGAAUCCUCCGAUGUUCACCCCUUCGGCGAAGUCCCAAUACUCGUUGACAAUGACGGCAGGACGUACUGGUUCCCCCCAACGCACAUCCGGGUUCCUUGUGACCUGGACCUGUCCUCAUGGCCGAGCGAUGAGCAUGAGUGUGUCAUCAGGAUGGGGUCCUGGACACAUCGCGGGGAACAGCUUGACACGCAGCUCUUGGAGCAUAAUGGGACAGCUGUUUCUCUUGACGUGUACGAGAAGAACAAUCGUUGGGAGUUGGUGAAAGUAGAAGGCAAGAGGCAAGAAAUAACACUAGGUGACGAGGACACUUAUUACGAAAUUGAUUUCCACUUCACUCUGAAGAGAAGAGCUCGUACCCAGGCCAUUUACAUCACACAGUCCACUCUGGCCAUGGUUGUGGUAGUGCUGGCGUCAUAUUGCCUGCCUCUCCGCCUCUAUUACACCCGGAUCGUCAUGCACCUGAUUUCUCUCGCUGUCCUGAUUGGCUGUUUCUUCACCCUCUUUGCUACGCUGCCAGCCAAUGGGGGCCCGGUCCCACUUAUAGGUACGUGA